CCAGUAAUUACAAUGUCAAUUUUAUUUAUACCUUAUUAUAUUGAGAAUUAUGAACUAGUCUUUGAUUACUUAAAUGAACCUGAAGAUUAUGAACUAGCGUCUACUUACUCAAAUAGGCCUAAAGAUUGUAAACCAAUAUUAGUCUAUUCAGAUAGACAUGAAGAAUAUGAACCAACACCUACUUGCUAG